AUGAGCGGUACCGAUUCGAUCCCGGCCACGCCGGACAGCAUAUCCGAUGAUCGAGAUCUCUAUGUGCAGGCAUCGCCGUUCUCUGAGGACUCGUCGAUAGCAGGAACCCCCAACGGCGACGAGCUGGGCGAAUCACCUGGCUCCCCCAAGAGACUUCCAUCCCUCAACACCUUUGCCGAUCCCCACAACAUCAACCCCAACUCAACUACGUUGGGAUUACUGGGCAAGGCAAGAAAUCCUUCCCAGACUGGCUCAUCCUUUGCUGCCGGUGCUGGAGCCAUGGAAAACAGCGUCAUGGCCAAGGCGCGCGCGCUUCACCAACAGCGAAUGCAAAAAGGAAUGUCAGCGGCGGGCAGCUCGCCUGUCUCACCGAUGCCCUCACCUGGAGGACCUAUAGCUGGUGGCUUCACUGCCCUGCGCAUGCCCCCAGGCAUGCAGCGUCCCGGCCCCGUACCACACCCCAGAUCUGCACCUGUCCUACCAAAGACUCUCAGCGAGCGAAGAGCCAAUAUGAUGGGAGGAAUGAAACUAUCAGACAUGGGUGGCGGUGGUGGCCCUCCUACUGGUAGCAUGCGCCGAGCGGGAGCUCCAUCUCUCUCGGGAUUGCCUCAACCAAACGCACCUAAUGGCAAAUCGUCUUUGGGGUCAAAACUGGACGACUUUAAGAAGUACAUCGAUACAGAGAAGGGCUGGAUUACUUUUGACGGUGCAGCCACAAUUACUCGUACUGGAGUAAACUUCUCCAAUGGCCAGACCUUCAAGAUAUCCCUAGAUGAGGUGGAAAUAAUAGACGAGUUGGGCAAAGGCAACUACGGAACAGUGUACAAGGUCAGGCAUGCGAAGCCGAGUGUACCACGAUUUGGGCCAGGAUUAUCUGGGGCCAAGUUGCAGCAUCCACAACCGCACCGAAGUCAGUCAGACUCGGCGGUCCAUGAUGCCACCAACGCGCUGGAAACUCAAGCCGGCAAAGUCAUGGCCAUGAAGGAAAUCCGACUCGAGCUCGACGAUGCCAAGUUUACCACUAUUCUCAAAGAGCUAGUCAUCCUUCACGAGUGUGUGUCGCCAUUCAUCAUCGACUUCUACGGAGCCUUCUUCCAGGAAGGUGCCGUAUACAUGUGCAUUGAAUACAUGGAUGGUGGCUCCAUUGACAAGAUCUAUGCUGGAGGUAUCCCCGAGAACAUCCUGAAAAAAAUUACUUACUCAGCCGUAAUGGGCCUCAAAUCAUUGAAGGACGAGCAUAACAUCAUCCAUCGAGACGUCAAGCCGACGAAUAUCCUGGCGAACACGCGGGGUCAGAUCAAAAUCUGUGACUUUGGCGUCAGUGGCAACCUUGUGUCCAGCAUUGCCAAGACAAACAUUGGAUGCCAGAGCUACAUGGCACCCGAAAGAAUCUCUGGAGGUGGUAUGGCACAGUCGGGCAAUUCAGAUGGCACUUACAGUGUUCAAAGUGAUGUCUGGAGCUUGGGUCUGACAGUCAUCGAAUGCGCUAUGGGUCAAUAUCCAUAUCCCCCUGAAGCAUCGUCCACUAUUUUCAGCCAACUGAAUGCCAUUGUUGAAGGCGAGCCGCCGGCUAUGCCAGAGGAUGGUUACUCCGAUUUGGCAAAGGACUUUGUCAAGAGCUGUCUUCAUAAGAUACCAAAGCAGCGCCCGACAUAUGCCCAGCUACUUAAACAUCCCUGGAUCCAGUCUCUAUCUAAGCCGCAAACGAUUGAUGAAGUCGCCGAAGAUGACGAGGCCACAGAUAAGGUAGCCGAGGCGGUAGGACAUAUGGAGCUGAGCUCGGGCACGGAAGACGCCGAGGUUGCUGAAUGGGUCAAGUCUGUCCUGAAAAAGAAUGCAGAUGGCCACAACGGCACUGGCCCCAGCAAACCUGCGCUUCAUGCUGCACCUCUCGAUAGCAUCAGCCCUCUAGGAAGCCCUGUCCUCAGCCAGUGA